UUAUCAACGAUUGCUAUCAAAAGUAUUAGUUACCAUUGUAAGGAAGAUAAAUCGAAACAAACCUCACGUUUUCGAAAAAUGGAGUUCAUUUCUACACAGUUUUACAGGAAUCCUACUGAAAUGUGAAUUAUUUGAUGAACUAUAUUCAACUUCAGAAAAUUGGGACCGCGUGAUGUUCUGAAAAAGCUGUUAAUUUUAAAAAUUCGUUAUAGGUUUGUCAUUAAAGGUUGAUUAAAAUGGAUGAUGAUGAUGAAAAUGAGACGGAAAUACCCGAGGACGAUGACGAAGUGGACGAUGUAGAACAUAUUUCAUCAGGACAUGAAAGAGGUGGCAUUGGAAAAGGUAGGGGGCGUGGAAACCGAAGAGGUCAUGGGGGCCGCGGGGAUCGAGGUGGACGCGAUACACAUCGAGAUUUCCAAAGGCGAAACGACGAGCCGAAUCAAAAUCGUAGAGGUCGCGGUGUACGCGGCGGUCGCGGCGGACGCGAAGAAAUUCGAAACACUCGUCAACAUUACCACGAACCACAUUUGAACCGGGGAGAUAAUGUAGGUCGUGGGGAUCGAGACGGACACGACGCGCAGAAGGAUGCUCACUGGGUAAAUGACGUACCCAAUCAGAAUCGCAGAGGUCAGAGUAAUUUCAGAGAUGACCAAAGAUCCGGAUUUAGGAGACCCAGAAAUGAGAACGACGUAAAUAUGGAUAAAUAUCAAGAUGGUCAUCAGAAUAACCGCGAACCGUUCUCGAACCGUGGCGGUCGAGUUGGUCGUGGGGGUCGAGUUGGGUUCGACGCACAGCGAGAUGUCCGCAGGCAAAACGACGAACCCAAUCAGGAUCGCAGAGGUCAUGGAAAUUUCAGAAAUGGUCAAGAAUCCGGAUGUAGGCAACCCAGAAGUGAAAACGACGUCAAUAUGAGUGAACAUCGACAGCGUCAGACGGGAAAUAACCAGGAUCAAUUUCGAAGACCGCCAGAUCCUUAUUACUCUAACAGCGCUCCUCCACUGAACGCCAGUUAUCAACAGUAUGCACCUCCUCCUCACAUGAUGCCAGCAGGAGUUUACGGAAUGCCGGCGCCUAUGAUGUCAACAGCACAGGCUCCGAUGAUGAUGAUUCCUGUUGCAAUGGCCCCUCAAUUUAACCAAGUAGGUCAAAGUUAUCAAAAUAACCCAACCUCUUAUCAGCAACCGCUAUUGCCUGAUAUGCCGUCGUCGAAUUUUCAUAGAAGCUCAAUCCACUCCGAUAACAACGACUUGGGAAACCAACAAGGCAGAGCGAAAGACGCAAUAAAAGGCAAAGUAGCUCUAAAGAAAAAAGAAAGAAACUCUGUAGGAAAUGACGAUAAUAAUGAGAAGGAAAACAAUGACCAUGAGUUAGUAGAUGAUGUUGUAAGCUUUAUGCUCAAAUCAUAUGGCUGCACCGGAAAUCCAAAGGAUAUUCAAAGAGAAUGUGGAUUGUUUCCGGUAGAUAUUGACGUAGAAGAAUGGUUUAAAUCCAAACCGCAAUUUGUUUGUUUUGAACGCGAAGGAAAGGUAAUAAAGGUCUCCGUGUUCAUAAAACGGGCAUCAUAUUGUCUGAACUACAUCAAAAGUACAGGAUGCACAGAUGAUAACUGCAAAUGGUUUCAUCUUUGCAAAGAUAUGUUGUGUGGGCACUGCGCAUUCGAUAAAAAAUGCAGGUUGAGUCACGAUGCACUUGAUGACAGAAACAGGAAUGUAACCCGUAAUCUUGGAUUGCCUAACUGCACAAACGAUGAUAUCAUCAACAUUUUGAAGGUGAGACAACCACGGGUUUGUGAAAGCUGGUCGGAACAUGGCAAUUGUUCAGACAGCACAUGCACUGAUCUUCAUGUCUGUCCUGGUUUCGUAAAUGGAAAAUGUAAAGAUGAUACAUGUACAAAAAGCCAUAAUUUGAGCUCUACACACAAUGGGCCCAUUAUUUCGGCAUAUGGAAUGACACAAUGGAACGAAAUGUUUUUAAAAAAAAGUAUAUAUUUACAACGAAAAUUGCAAUAUGAUACUAAUGUUGAACAGGACGAUAACGGUGUAAUUCCAAAUGACGCUGAACGUCUUGGAGAAUCUGCAGCUGACUUCAAGUCGGAGCAACUUUGUGAAAGUUUUUUGACCAAAUCUUGUCGUAAAGACAACUGCAAAUUGAUACAUAACGUUAACGGUUUGCCAUAUAUUUGGCAAGUAAAGCUAAAAGACAAAUGGACAAACAUUCCGAACUGCGAAAGUUUCGAAGCGAUGUUUUGUAAUCCCAAACUAGAAGGGUCGGACAUCAUUGCCUGGAAUGAUUUUAACGAAGAAAGAACAACACAACUCUCUGUUUCGUUUGAUCCAGUGCUGAAGUGCAAGGUUUAUGACAGCGAAAUCCGAGAAGCCAAGACAAGACGUCUAUCAACCUUACCGUACAUUCAUGGAAAAGCAAAAACGGAAAGUUUUAAGACGCAAUGGAGAUGGUUUUGGGAAGACAAUGCUGGCAGAUAUAUUCUUUUUGAACCUGAAACACUUCAGUACACAAUUGAGGCCAAAUUUCUUGGGAGACAGAAAAGUUAUUUGUAUGUGCAAGAUAAUAAACAGUACAGGAUUGACUUCGAAGAAAUGAUACAGCGCCGACUAAAUCAAAACAGACCAGUGUCAAAUGGAAUAAAACGACGUCCAUUAUUUGUAAGCUCAAAAGACGUCGAAGGGAAACAGUUCCCUCCAUCACUCGCUGUUCAGACGGUGAAUAUUCCUCGUCCAACGUCAUGGAUGCCUUGGGAUCAUUUUCAGCCCUUCGAGCUAGUAGAGCUUCAAAACAAUGAAAGCGAUUUUUGUUCAGUGGCUGAAAAUUUCUACAAAUCUUUGGACAAAGAGAAGCAAAUCAUUUGUCUAAUAUAUAGAGUGCAAAAUCGCAAACUGUGGUCUUCAUUUUGCAACCACGAGGACAGUAUGCUGAUGUCACAAACAGAACACUCCUCAACGCUUGACAAACGGAACCUCUACCAUGGCACUGAUUCUGUCAACGCAAUUCGCGGAAUCUGCACUAACAACUUCGACUUCCGCUUAUCUGGCAAGAACGCGACUCGACAUGGAGAUGGGGCGUACUUUGCUAGUGAUGCCAAAUACAGCCACCUUUACACUAACCCGCCGAUGAGAUACAUGUUUCAAGCCGUGGUUUUGGUAGGGAGUUACACGCAAGGUAAGCCCGAAUAUCGCAGACCUCCUCCAAAGCCCGGGCGCGAGCACGAACUGUACGAUUCCUGCGUUGAUAACAUGGAUAACCCUCGAAUUUUCGUCGCUUUUGAGAAGACGCAAUAUUAUCCAGAGUUUCUGAUUCAGUAUUGCGACAAGGGAGAUCACCCCUCCACCACAACGACGUCGACUACUUCACAGGAUAAGGCUGACCCACUCGCGUGCUGUUUACUAUAAACCUGACUUAAAGAACACUAUCAACAUUUUAAGUGUUGAAUUGUAAAACAAUAAGUAGAGACAAUCAGCUGAAAAAUGCUUAAACAUUUUAUUCUGGAACGAAUUUGAUUGUAUCAGUCAUGUUGGCCCACAUUUUUGUACGCAUCAAUGACAUGCAAGCUUUAUUCAAUCUAUAGUAUUGAUAGACAGUUCAAAGGUUAAUGCAGUCAGGUUUACGAGAAGAAUUUCUAUGUGUGGCAAAUGUAUGUUUUCUUAUAAUGGCUUUGUGGUUUGGAAAUGUUUUUAUAAUUUAUAAGUUUUCCAAUUAAAAAAAGGAUGAUCUUUUUUCUGUAUGACAAUAAUUAUAAACAAUGCGAUUUUUAUUGAAGCAAUAGACAUUUAGUUGGCCAUAUUUUCUCUAGAAAUUAGUUUCCUGGAAGGUUGUAAAGUGUCUAAAAUUCACUAGCACAUGUGUAAGCAAUCAUACCUGUUACAAAAUGUAUGUUGCAUUACCAAAGUAUACUUUCAAUUUAACUGUACAUACAUGUAACAUGUUAUGUUUUGGCCUUGUGGUUAAGUUUCUGUACACUUAUCUCACGUUUUGCUUUGUAUAGAUUAAUUAACUGUAUGAACUCAUUAGCCGCUAUACAUUAAGAUGACACCCGCAGUUAGUCUUAUUGCACAUGUCUUUACCAAGGCUGAAUAUGGCAUUCAUAAAUCAUUAUUAUUUACUAGAAUGUAUUUCCGUUUGUCUAUAUGCGAAUUAACGGAGACAAAAUAGUUUUAACACAAAACAAAUGAUUCCUAGAAUAUCAAACUUUACUUGAAUUAGAACGGAAAAGCCGCAUCACGCUCGUAUUCCAAUCAGAAACUGUCGGGAAGAUUCAAAACGGUAUAUCGCAAACUCCUUUUACAGUAACACUGUUCCUUCUAAAUGGUGUACCACAUAAUAAGCUGUAAAGACAGUUGUAUUUCUUUUUUGCUGGGAUGUAUAGUAACUGUAUGUGAUGUAACUGUGUUAACUUUUCACCCAAUUGUAUAACUUAUGAUAUGUUUAUAGGAUGUAUGUGAUGAUGUUAGGUAUUUAUAAUGUUUCAUCCUAUGUUUAUAUUUUUUUAAUGCUAAUAUAAAAUUAUAAUUAAAAUAAUGUUUUUCUGUCUUAUCAAAAGACAAUAUAUUCCCAUCAACGGUUUGUAAGUAUAAAUAUUUUAAUUUGAUAUUGCAAAAUUAAAAACAGAAAAUGUAUUUGAAAAGCAAACAACAACAGUAAAAUAAGAUUUUAGAUUGAUUUUAAAUACUAUUCAUCACUGUUCGGAAUUUAGUCUGUUGCAAAAUGUGUAUGUGUGAGUUGCAGAACGGUGAAAUAUUGGAUCUGACUACAAUUUGAUGACUUUCAUGUGUAAAAUGAGUUUGUCAAGUAUAUUUCAUUAUCUAGCCGUUUAGUUUCAAAAACUCUGCCAAAUUAAUACAUUUUUUACUAAACAAAUUCCUAUCUCUGUUCAAUAUUUAUACAAAAAACAAGUACAGUUGUCGAAAGUUUAAACAUAAACCUUGUUUAAUGGCAUUGGGUCAACGCCAAUAUUUAUGCGAAAAGCUACAGAAACAAGCUCAAUAGCAAAAAUGUUUAAACAUAAAACUGCUCAAAUAAUACCCGACAGCAUCUCUAUAUGUGUUAAUAUUAUUUGUUGUAUUUGUUUGUUUAGCGUAUCCUUCUGGUUGGUACAACGACACAAUCAUUACGAGACUAUAUAGUCCAAAGUUUGAAGCCUUCCAUUUUCUUUGGCGGUCUAUGUUGUACAUGCGAGGAGUUGACACUGUUGCUCCGAAUUUGAUUUAUUCAUUGAUAAGCUCUGUGUGUAUCUUGUCGAUGAAGCCUUGAAGUUAGUAUAUAUGUUCGACAGAGUUUGCCUUACUUAAUUUUUCAAUUAUAUUUUUGAUAAUGUUUUCUUUAUCUGUUUCAAGUUUUAGUACAAUGAUGUUUUUUAUCAUGAAACUCUAUGAUCACACAGUUUUAAACCUUUUAUUUUAUAAGGCAGACUGUGUGUGAUGCUCAUAGUUUCAAACAUUGACAUCAUCGUAACUUUGAAAAGAUUUUGCAUUAGGUGCUCUGAAUUGUAUUCCUUCAUCUGCAGAUAGAGUUGGGAUCUCUAAUCAUUGAAGUACUUGGGGUUUACCUAUAAGUUUAUUAAUAUUUGUUUUAUUAUUAUGUUUCCUCAAGUUAAUGCAUACUUUGAUAAGAUUUACCUUGUAAUUUUUUCUUAAUUCAGGAUUGUUGGAAUAAGAGUGAGGUUUGUGCACUUAAACUGGUUUAAACCCCAAUAAAUUUACUUUUUACUGACCGUCCCAAGGCGGUACAAUCCUUGAUAAACGUACCUUGUUUUUUAUAUAUAGUAUGUAUGCAUUGUGCUGUUUGUGGAGUUUUAUCAUUCUUUUCAAUAAGAUUUACUAGUAAUUGUUAAGCAUUUUCCAUGAAAAAGAGUGCACAACAUGUUCAAUUUUAUCUUUUAGCUCCAAUAUUUUUACGACAAAUACUAUACGAUUGUGGAAGGACAAAUGCAUGCAAUGUAAUAAUGUUUAUAAGGUUGUGUUUAUCAAUGUUUUGUUUAAAUACAUUUUAUGCUUAGAUAUUAUGCUUUAAUUUUUGUUGAACAAGUUGCAAUAAUAUCAAAUACUAUCCACGAAUAAAAAAAAUGUA